ACAAGCACAGUUCAAUCAGUUUCCUUCCUUUGUCAACAACUGCCUCCCUUCCAUCAACCAUGGCAUUCAAAUUCGUGACCUUCCUCGCCCUGGUGGCUGUUGCCCGUGCUGGACUCAUCGCUUCCCCAGCUGUGUCCUAUGGCGCUGCUCCAGCUCUGGCCUACGCUGCCCCAGUUCAGCAGCUGGCCUAUGCUGCCCCUCUGGCCAAGACUGUCGUGGCCAAGCAGGUCAUCGCCGAUGAGUACGACCCCAACCCACAGUACUCUUUCUCGUACGGAAUCUCCGAUGCCCUGACCGGUGACCAGAAGUCCCAGCAGGAAUCCCGCCAAGGAGAUGUCGUCCAGGGAUCUUACUCCGUCGUUGACCCUGAUGGUGUCAAGCGUACCGUUGAGUACACUGCUGAUCCCCACAACGGAUUCAACGCUGUUGUCCACCGUCAACCUCUUGCUGCCAAGGCCGUUGUUGCUGCUCCAGUUAUUGCCGCCAAGACCGUCAUUGCUCAACCAGCCAUCGCCAAGACUGUGAUCGCUCAGCCAGCUUAUGCUUCCUAUGCCGCUCCAGUUGCCAAGACCUACGUCUCGCAGCCAGCCUAUGCCUCGUACGCCGCUCCUUUGGCCACUAAGACCAUCGUCUCUCAGCCAGCUUAUGCUUCGUACUCGGCUCCUCUGGCCACCAAAACCAUUGUGUCCCAGCCAGCUUAUGCCUCUUAUGCUGCCCCAGCCACUUACUUCUAUAAACAGUCGGAGAUUUUGGUGGGGUUCAGCCACAUUUUAGUGGUGAUAAGCGUAAGUGGCUGGGGCAGCAUAAGAGGCAUAAGCUGGCUGGGACACAAUGGUCUUGGUGGCCAGAGGAGCCGAGUACGAAGCAUAAGCUGGCUGAGAGACGAUGGUCUUGGUGGCCAAAGGAGCGGCGUACGAGGCAUAGGCUGGCUGCGAGACGUAGGUCUUGGCAACUGGAGCGGCAUAGGAAGCAUAAGCUGGCUGAGCGAUCACAGUCUUGGCGAUGGCUGGCUGAGCAAUGACGGUCUUGGCGGCAAUAACUGGAGCAGCAACAACAGCCUUGGCAGCAAGAGGUUGACGGUGGACAACAGCGUUGAAUCCGUUGUGGGGAUCAGCAGUGUACUCAACGGUACGCUUGACACCAUCAGGGUCAACGACGGAGUAAGAUCCCUGGACGACAUCUCCUUGGCGGGAUUCCUGCUGGGACUUCUGGUCACCGGUCAGGGCAUCGGAGAUUCCGUACGAGAAAGAGUACUGUGGGUUGGGAUCGUACUCAUCGGCGAUGACCUGCUUGGCCACGACAGUCUUGGCCAGAGGGGCAGCAUAGGCCAGCUGCUGAACUGGGGCAGCGUAGGCCAGAGCUGGAGCAGCGCCAUAGGACACAGCUGGGGAAGCGAUGAGUCCAGCACGGGCAACAGCCACCAGGGCGAGGAAGGUCACGAACUGAAACAAAUGGCUUUCAAGUUCGUUACCUUCCUCGCCCUGGUGGCCGUUGCCCGUGCUGGACUCAUCGCUUCCCCAGCUGUGUCCUAUGCUGCUGCUCCAGCUCAUGUGGCCUACGCUGCUCCAUCUCAGGUAGCUUAUGCUGCUCCUUUGACCAAGACUGUCGCCUACGCCGCCCCAAUUGCCAAGACUGUUGUCGCUGCCCCAAUUGCCAAGACCGUCGUUGCUGAGGAAUACGAUGCCCAUCCAGAAUACUCUUUCUCGUACGGAAUCUCCGAUGCCCUGACCGGUGACCAGAAGUCCCAGCAGGAAUCCCGCAGCGGAGAUGUUGUCCAGGGAUCUUACUCCUUGGUUGACCCAGAUGGCACCAAGCGUACUGUCGAAUACACUGCUGAUCCUAUCCACGGAUUCAACGCCGUUGUCCAUCGUGAACCUUUGGCCAAGGCUGUUGUUGCUGCCCCAGUCAUUGCCGCCAAGACCGUUGUUGCCGCCCCAGUUGCCAAGACCGUGAUUGCUCAGCCAGCUUAUGCUUCGUACGCCGCUCCAGUUGCCAAGACCUACGUCUCGCAGCCAGCCUAUGCCUCGUAUGCCGCUCCUCUGGCCACCAAGACCAUCGUCUCGCAGCCAGCCUAUGCCUCGUACGCCGCUCCUCUGGCCACCAAGACUAUCGUCUCGCAGCCAGCUUACGCUUCGUACGCCGCCCCAGCCAGCUACGCUUACCACCACUAAGAAAAUCGCUGACCCAUUUGUUGACUGAAUCCCUUCCUACUAGUGACUAGUGAACCAAACUGUUGAAUAGAUGAAAAAUCAUCCAUAAACUAA